GAAGUGUAAGCGGAAGGAUCUGUCAUGGCGCUAACUUCGGAUAUCGAUUUUGCUCCUGUGAGAUGCAGAACAUUCAUAUUCCACUAAUUAUACCUCCCAAUUGUCACCAGUAAAAUAAAUAUCUAGUGUGUUCUUCGCGUUUCGUGUUUAACAUGGUUAACUUGAAAGCCAUUGUGUGUGGAGGCGAUAAAUGAACGUUUUUCAUACGGGGAGUGGUCUUUACCAACUCAACUCUAUACAAAUUUGUAAAUAGAAUAAAUUAAAAUGCGAAUAUUGACGAUCAGUGUUAUAUUUAAUACUCUUAAUAUCAUAUACGGUACUGCCGGAACGAAGACUUUUGAGGCAAAUCCCGAUACGAAAAGGCUUUACGAUGAUUUACUGUCGAACUAUAACAGACUUAUCCGCCCUGUCAUCAAUAACACUGAAACCUUAACAGUUUGGCUCGGGUUAAAGCUAUCUCAAUUAAUCGAAAUGAAUCUGAAAAAUCAAGUGAUGACUACGAAUGUCUGGGUGGAACAGGUAAGAUCUCAGCUUUUAAAUAAAAGAAGCAUAAGUAUUUUAUAUAUUGAUCUAUUUGUGUGUCUGCAGAAAUGGUUUGAUUAUAAACUACGAUGGGAACCAGAAGAUUACGGCGGCGUGGAAAUGCUAUACGUGCCUUCCGAAAAUAUUUGGCUGCCAGAUAUCGUCUUAUACAAUAAUGCCGAUGGCAAUUACGAAGUGACGCUUAUGACAAAAGCAACCUUAAAGUACACCGGUGAAGUAUCCUGGAAACCACCAGCGAUCUAUAAAUCAUCAUGCGAAAUUAACGUGGAAUACUUUCCAUUUGACGAACAAUCAUGCAUCAUGAAAUUCGGUUCUUGGACAUAUAAUGGCGCUCAGGUGGAUCUUAAACAUAUGAAACAAGAGCCUGGUAGCAACUUAGUUGCAACAGGGAUAGACUUGAGCGACUUUUAUUUGUCAGUAGAAUGGGACAUUUUAGAAGUACCAGCGUCGAGGAACGAAGAGUAUUAUCCCUGUUGCACGGAGCCCUAUUCUGAUAUCACAUUUAAUAUCACAAUGCGGAGGAAGACGUUAUUCUAUACAGUCAAUCUGAUCAUUCCUUGCGUGGGUAUCACGUUCCUUACGGUGCUUGUCUUUUACCUUCCAAGCGACUCAGGUGAAAAAGUAUCGCUGUGUUCUUCCAUUUUACUCUCAUUGACGGUGUUCUUUUUAUUAUUAGCGGAAAUUAUACCCCCUACAUCGCUAGCCAUUCCACUUUUAGGAAAAUACUUGUUAUUCACUAUGAUCUUAGUCACUUUGUCGAUAUGGAUCACUGUAUGCGUAUUGAAUGUUCAUUUCCGAUCCCCGUCCACGCACAAUAUGUCGCCAUGGGUCAGACAAGUAUUCUUAAAUUGGAUGCCGCGAAUUUUAAUGAUGCGUCGAACACCGUAUUCGACCCCAGAAUACGACGACACGUACAUGGAUAGUGGAUAUACUAAUGAAAUAGAUUUUAGUUUUUAUGAUAGCGUCAGCGACUACCCUUUGGAAUUAAAAGGAAGUCCAGAUGGAUUUGAAAGCGUCACCUCCCAGUACAAGAAUAUAAGAGAGGAUGACGCUCGUCAUAUUCCACAUGCAUCCGUCACUGACAGUGAAAAUACGAUGCCGAGACACUUAUCCCCAGACGUCAUAUCAGCUCUCAAGGGUGUGCGUUUUAUUGCUCAACAUAUAAAGAAUGCAGAUAAGGAUAACGAAGUUAUAGAAGAUUGGAAAUUUGUAGCUAUGGUUUUAGAUAGACUUUUUCUUUGGGUUUUUACAUUAGCGUGUAUCGGAGGAACGCUUGGUAUAAUAUUUCAAGCUCCAAGUUUAUAUGAUACAAGAGAACCUGUGGACCAACAACUUUCUGGAAUAACACUUCGCAAUUAUAUGUAUCCAAAUCUAGACGUGAUUUUGCAAGAAGAAUAAACUCUGAGAUACAUGGAACAUACGAUUUAUGUAUAAAAGUUGUAACACAAAAAUAUUACAUGCGUUGUUAAUA